CUUAGAAGCCGAAAGCUCUCCGCGCAACGAUUACAAACACUGCAUUUCUGACUCCAUGGCACCCAAUUGUUCUUUUCCUCUUGCAUCUCCGAUCCCUCUACCCUCCAUAUCGCCAUGAAGUCUUCCCGGACCCUCGUCGCGACGGGGCGCGGCCUUCGAACCAUCCUCUCGUCACAAAGAAGUCUUAGUGGCGCUCGUCCACGCAUCCUCGAAGCUCAGCGAAAUUCCCAAGUCAAUAUCAAUGGAACCCGCCAGCUUCACUCCUCGCCCGCCCGAAAGUCCGGCGCCGCUUCGAAUCCAGCCAUGUCAUUCCCCUGCCUCGACGCCCUCGAAACCCGAUCUGCGAAGCUAGGCGCCGGCAAGACCGUCAACACCGAGUUUGGCACCGACUUCAGCGGCCCCGAACCCUCGUACACUUCCGGCGCCACGCAAAACUACCACUGCAAAGACUCCCUGCUACUUGACUGGGGCGGCACGCUUCCCGAGUUCAACAUCGCCUACGAGUCCUGGGGCGAGAUGAACGCCGACAAGUCCAAUGUCAUUCUCCUCCACACCGGCCUCUCGGCCUCGUCGCACGCCCACUCCACCGAAGCCAACCCCAUGCCCGGCUGGUGGGAGAAGUUCAUCGGCCCCGGGGGACCCCUCGAUACAAACAAGUACCAUGUUAUUUGCACAAACGUCAUCGGCGGCUGCUAUGGCUCUACAGGGCCAAGCAGCAUCGACCCGGGCAAUGGCGAGCGUUACGCCACGCGGUUCCCAAUCCUGACGAUGCAGGACAUGGUGCGCGCCCAGUUCCGCUUGUUGGACUCCCUCGGUGUCGACAAGCUAUACGCCAGUGUCGGUUCCAGCAUGGGCGGCAUGCAGUCGCUCGCCGCCGGUGUGCUCUUCCCCUCGCGCGUUGGUCGCAUUGUCUCCAUCAGCGGUUGCGCUCGUAGCCACCCCUACAGUAUCGCCAUGCGCCACACCCAGCGCCAGGUUCUCAUGAUGGACCCCAACUGGAACCGCGGUUUCUACUACGGCCAGGUCCCGCCCCACGCCGGCAUGAAGCUGGCCCGCGAGAUUGCCACCGUCACCUACCGCUCCGGCCCGGAGUGGGAGCAGCGCUUCGGCCGCCGGCGCGCGGACCCGAGCAAACCUCCGGCGCUGUGCCCGGACUUCCUCGUCGAGACGUACCUCGACCACGCCGGCGAGAAGUGGUGCCUCAACCACGACCCCAACAGCCUGCUCUACGUUAGCAAAGCCAUGGACCUCUUCGACCUUGGCCGCGAGAACCAACUCGCCACGCACGAACGCCGCUCCCAGCGCGAACAGCAGCUCGCCUCUGGAGUCGCCUCCACCAUCCCGGAAGCCGCUUGCAGCCUGACCCUCCCCUCUCAGCCCUAUGAGGAGCAACCCGGCUCGCACAUUGACGACACCGACACACCGAUCCCGGGCUCUUCGCGCCCGCCUGAGGACCUGAUCCUUGGCCUUGCCCCGCUGCGAGACACCCCAACGCUCGUCAUGGGCGUCGCCAGCGACAUUCUAUUCCCUGCCUGGCAGCAGCGCGAGGUCGCCGAGGCCGUCCGCCUCGCCGGCAACCGCAACGUCACGCACAUGGAGUUGAGCGAGGAGAUGAGCUUGUUCGGACACGACUCAUUCCUCCUUGACCUCAAGCACAUUGGCGGCAACCUCAGGCUGUUCCUGGACUAGACAGUUGUGACUGCCAGCUCCGCCAUGAAAGGGGCAUACACUGCACUGGACCUGAAACUCGGUGCUUUUUUUGAUGUGAUGAAGAUACGAGGCGAGGUUUGUACUUACUUAUUUUGGGAGCGAGGGGGCUUGCAUCACCACGGAGUUUUUACGGGACAAAACAAAAAUAGGCAGAACGGAGGAUAAAUAAAAUCCAUGACUUCCAG